AUGCCAAUCAAACGAAAAAUACGCAAUUUACCUAGUACAAAUGACGAAGUGUCCUUUUUUGAUCCGGUUUAUUCGAAUGAGAUCAUGCAAAUGAAUGAUGAUGAGAAUAAAAAUGAUUUAUUAGCUGACGGUAUACCACGAGGAAUAUUCGAACAGGAAAACAAGGAUGAAUUAAAUGAAACGUACGAUACGGACACAAUAACAAAUAACGAUGAUGACAAUCGAUUGUCAGAAACGGUUUCCGCAUCGAAAAUUGUUAAUCGUAUAAAACAAAUACAGCGUUCCAUCGAACAAGCCGAAGAAAUGCUGAUAUCAAUGGAUAAAUUCAAAGAUUUAGUUCCGGAUACUGAUGGGCAAUAUGAAAAGCUUCGUUCACUUAUUGUAAAUCUUCAAGAACAACAAGCGAGUUAUAUCAAUUUACUUAAUUUAAUUACGCUGACAACUGAAGAGCACUCGACAUCCGAUCGGCGAAUGCAAAUGAGUACGCAUGAUGAUAAUAAUGAUUUAUCACUACGACAUAAUGUUCAAUCGCAUGUAAAAAGUAAAAUAGGUGCUGGACCACAAACGAUGAGUUUAUCGGACAUCGAACAAAUCAAUCGUAAUGAUAAUUCGAAUUAUGAUUCACUUAUUGGAAGUCUUAAAAGUGAUACAGUCAAUUGGCAAGAUCAACAAGCUACUUCUGAUGACGAAGAAACCGAUAUUGAAAGCGAUAAGGAAAUGGAAAAAAAUUUACUGCUACAAAAAGAACAACUUCGUGCUUUACAGGGCCAAAAACGAGCAUUGAUUGCUCUUAAACGACGUUCAGAAAAACGUUUAAUUGAACAACAAGAAUUAUCCAGUAAAAAAAGCACAACUCCUAAAACAGCAAACGAAGAAAACAUGCUUCUGUCGGAUAUUAAUAAUAUACGUGAUCGCUUAAAAGUACUUCGAAGUCUUUACGAUGAAAAAUAUCAGCAUGAAAUUCAACAAUUAAAAAAUUCAUCCAACAAACCGCAAAGAGAAACAGAAGGUCGUUUGAAAGACCUCGAACAUGUUCGCGAACGACUAGAUGAAUUAGAACAAGUCGUAACGCAUUAUCGAGCCGAUUUAAACGAUGAAGAAACCUCUAGCCAGCUAGAUAACGUAUCUUAUUUAGAAACAUAUUUACAGCAUAGAUCUCAAACAAAUAAUAGUGAAGCUCAUCAGCAACUUGAUAAAACAUCAAAUGAAUUAGCUGCUAAAAGAUUAGAACUCGAACAAGCAAAAUUGGCAUUAUCUCAACUUCAACAAAUGGUCAAAACCAUUCAACCUGACGAAUUUUCAUCGUCUGCUAAUUCUACGCCCAUGAAGAAGAAAGCAUCGUCGAAAAAUAAUAGUUUUGAAUUUUCUACCAAUCCUGGCGUUUUUACUCCGGGCUCAUUGGAAAAAAUUCAAACUGAAACACCUAUUAUAAAUAAUAAAUCUUCUCUUUUAUCUCAUAUUCUUUCAUCUCAAACAGUUCCACAAUCUCUUCCGGCAACUUCUGUCGAUAGUAAAAUGUUAGCACAGCAUCGUGAAAUUGAACGCUUAAUCGAAUCUCGUCAACGUUUACAUUCAAUAAAAGAUCAAAUUGCUUCAUUACAACAAACUAUGACAACACCAACUAUUCAGAAAAAGACUGAUUUAACAAACGAACCAAAACUUGAUAAUGAUAGACUGAACGAUUCGAAAAAUAUUCGUCCAACAUAUAAAUCGUAUCGUCAACAAGGUUUGAAUCAAAGUGAUAAUAAUCUUGACUUAUAUCCUCUCGAUGACGAAUCAGAAACUGGCGAAGAAUCUGAUGAUGAUAAUAAUAAUAAUAAUAAUAAUAGAAAUUAUUCUUUUCAAUGUCAUAAAAAGCAAACGAAUUUUUGUGCCUCUGAAAAUGUCGCUGCAAAAAAUGAUCAAAAUUCCGAUGAAUUAAGCAAACAAAUGCGUGAAAUAUGCCGAUGUUUAUCAACAUUCAUUGAUGAACAAAAAACUUUCAAUCGGCAUAUAGAAGAACGUCUCACAACUGCAACAAAUUCAACGAUAGUGCCAAUUGUCAAUGCAAAUUUUAAUCAAAUGCAACAACAAAAUUUAACACAAAGUCUCGUUGUUAAUUUAAAUGCAGCCUAUCGCGAAAUAGCUGUUUUACAAUCGGAAAUCAAUGCACUUCAAUCGGAAAAUCUUCGUUUAACAUCAUCAUUAUCGUUUGACAAUCAAUAUCAUCAGAAUGUUCCUUCUUCAUAUUCAAGACAUAAUUCCAAGGAUUCAAUCUACAGUCUUGAUCGUAUUAAUCCAAGUAUUCGUCCAAGACCACGUUCAAAAUUCGAUGAACAAUCCAAACCACCACAACAACAACAACAAACUCGUCUUGUAACAACAAAUAGUUUAUUUGAAAAUUCAAAUAAAGCAUCAUUCAACAGGCAAAGUACCGGACUACCAACAGCGAUUCAAUUCGAAAAAAAUCAUCAAGAAACGAAGCCAAUUAAUCACGGAAAAAACGCGAAGCUCUCGAAUGACUGUGGGUCAUCGCCAAAAGCGAUAUAUCUACGUUCGAAACCAAUAUCUGCGAAUACUGACCUUUCAACUCAACGGGAUAAUUCAACAAACGAAAACACUUCAAAAUCCUUUAUAAUUCGUCGCCGGCCAAUAUCAACUGAUAAUGAUAACAAUGAAUUAUACAAUUAUAAACAAACUACAAGCAAUCAUUUUGAUAGUAACAAUGAACAAAAAUCAAAAAAUGAUUUUUCACUAAAUAUGUUUAAUCCGCAACCGUCCAGCUGUUUUACAUCGGCAACUCAAAAUUUGGAAAAUAUCGACACACAAACACUUGAUUUACAAGUUAAGUCAAUUAUGGUUCAAUUAAUUCCUUUCAUGCGAUUACGUAUAGAUGAAAUCUUCAAUCGAUCUACAUUAAAUCAUACUCGCGAGCGUAUUUUAUUUUUAUUUAAACAGCAACCGGAUUCAGCUGAAUUUAUACGUCAUUUUCAAAAUGAGUUUUCUGAAUUAAUUGAAAAAACAACUGAAAAAUAUAUUGGCUUAAGUAUUCGUGAAUGUGCUGCCGAUCUAAUUCGUGAUUUAUCAGAUGUUGCAUUUGAUGAAUUAGUCAAAUAUAAAAUCUACGAAACUAAAAGUAAUUUACAAACAAAAGUUCAUGUUGAACACAAUACGCAAUUAUCAAGCAAACAAGAAAAUAAAUUUGCAAAUUUGUAUGAUCCAUCUGCUGGAUAUCAGGAGCACAGCAACAAUCCCAAUUUGAUGAUGGAGAGAAUGAUGAAUAUCACAGUAAAAACAGUCCGACGUUUUCUAGUUCGAAUUGGUAGUGAUGAAGAAGAUAAUGAUGCUGAUCAAGAAGAAACUACUGAUAGUGAAUUAGAAACAGCUGUAUCUCGUCAAGGAACUUAUUUUGAUGAAAACGACAGUCCACUUCCGACUAAUUUGAAUUCCAAUGGGCACGAAUAUGUUCUGGUCAAUCGUUCCGAAAGUGCUAAUAUUAUGCCUGAAGAUGAAGAACCAAAAACAGAAGAUGAUGAGAAUGAAGAAAUCGAUACUUCAUAA